GCCAUUCGAAGCUGUGGUUUCAUUUAGUGUGGUGUGCUGCCUAAAUAUCAUUAUGAACAUUUAGUAGUGUUCAACAAUUUUAUUUCGGAAAUGACAGUGUGUAAAUAUAACGGUACGCCGUUAAAAAUGGAGGUAGAAGUAUAACCUGUCACUACAUAAAAUCAUGGAAAAAAACAGCCAACAGAUCCCAGGUUUUGGGUUUGAUCCAGGGUAUGAACCUACCCCAUUACCACCGCAGCCAGCUCCUAGCAGCAACUCAGUAUUUGGUGUAAUUUCCAAGGUGAAUAAAGGAAUCUUAAAAAAUCCCGGAAGUCAAACAGUAGAACCAGAUGCUGGAAAAGGCAUUCCGUCUAAUGUUGAACAAGCUAGAGCUAUUGCUAAGAAACUUUCAAAUAUAUCUCCACAAGUGGCCAAGCAAAGAAUCUUUCAAAAUGCCAAAAAUACCAUUGAAAACAUACAAAAAGGAAUAUGGAAUCUUCCUGCAAACCAAGAUAAUAGACAGGGAAUUUCAAACCCAGGAUUUAAAGUACCUGCUGCAGUUCCCACUCCAAAGUUUACCGUCCCCUCAAAUGUGGGUCAAGGUCAUGGCAUAGUUUCAAAUCAGGGUCAAGGUCAACAGUUUAGUAUAUCGAAUCAGCAGAUGGGUAGUAAUAUGUAUGAGGUAGAUAAAAAGAUGGACAUUUUUAUGGAGCAUGAUAGAUCAAAACAGGCUGGUAGUUUUACACGAAAGGAAGCUCUUGAUGAAAUUGAUCGUUACAGAGGUCCGGCAAGUAGUUCUGUUAGAGAUCAAGGUUAUGACGAUAUGAAUAAAAAGAGUGAACCAUUUAAAAGUGACUUUGAUAGGUACUACUACGGCAGUGAGACACAGAGAAGUGAAAUAAGCGGGAAGUUACACAGAGCUGAUAAAGGGGGUGAUUUUGCUCCAAACCAAUCUCAACUGCAAAGUCAAAAUUUAAGUGCACAAAUGAGCUACAAAAGCUCAAGUGAUUCAAGACCACAUGAUGAUUAUCAAACAGGUGUUGACAGAUCACAUAGACCUGUAAAUGAUGAUAAUUUUCGUGGAUUCAAUAACUACCAAGCCGAUGAUGGUAAUGACUAUGAGAGGUAUCAUGGUGUGACCUACCAACAGACUGCCGGUGAGAAAUAUUUUCAAAGAGAACCGUUUAGGGCAGACGAAGAAAAAGGUUUUGGAGCAGAGAGAGGAAAUGCCCCAAGAAAUGAGUAUGACCCCGAGAGAUGGCACUACAGUGGUUGUGAUCCUAAUGAUGAUAAACCUCCCGAUUCCAGUAGAAUGUCAAGAUCGUAUGACGAUAAGUGGGACAACAAGAAGUCUCAAAAUGAAAAUGUUCCGUAUGUUGAUGAGUACGAUGCUUAUAAUAAGGACAGUAAGAACAGGACGGCGAGACCAGAUGAGAGGGAUUAUAGUGGGAGACGGCAGGAAUCACUAGAGAGAUACGGAAGUGGAAGCGUAGAAGCACACGAUGGGUAUUCACAGUCUCUGAAGGUUUUCGAUUACGGUCAUACUACUCGAUCUAGUGAUAGAGACAUUGACACGUAUCAAACAAGCAGGCAUGGAGAUGAGAAUGAAAGAAGAACUGACGACAGAUUUGAAAAAUUUAGCAGAGACGCUAGAGAAAGAGAAACCGACAGAAGAAGAGAUGUUGGAUACAGAGAGAGAGAAAGUGAUAGAACUGGUUACUAUGGAGACAGGGAGCAGCCAAAUUACAAGGAAGGGGAAAGAGAGAAGUUCUAUGACGAUUACUAUCACCGUGAAAGAGAUGAGAGAUUUGACUCUAGGAGCGAAGAAUAUGAUCACUAUGGUGAUGAUAUGGCAAAUAUGGAGGAGUUUCCAGAGAUGGUAGAACAUGGUGACAACAAGUCACAAGAUGGCGGGAUGCUGUACGAGGACUUCUUGUUUGGAGCCGAGGAUGACGUUGAAGAUAUCGCUGAUUACAGACACAGUGGAGACGGUACGGGAUAUCAAAGUAGAGAAGUUGAUAGUGAGAACAGUAGAAAAAGAGAUGAUAAGUCAAGAUGCAGUGAAAAAAAGAACUAUGAAAGUAGGUCAAGGGAUAAACGUUAUGAUUCAUACAGAAGUAGGGGAUCUGAUAAUAAAGGAAAAGAAGCUGUGCGUGGAAAUCGUGAUAUACAGAGCAGGGAAAGAUCGAAGCAAGGAAAUCGGGAUGUACAGAGGAGAGAUAGAUAUGAUGAUAUAAAUGAUGCACCUGGAAUAAGGAAAGCUGAAAGAAAUUUACCUAUCACAGAUGACCAGAAAGCACAAGGUGUUGUGGCAAAUGUACCACCUGCAAACAGUGAGCCAAUGGAAACACUACCUGUAAGUGGAGUACUUGUGCAAGGACUGCCUCCAAGUGUUCUAGUCAAUCAAGCUCCAAGUGGUAUUCCUGCACCUGCUGUAGCAGUAAUCCCUCCCCCAGGGAUCAUAUGUAAUGAUUGUAAUGUAACAUGCUUGAGUGAGGAGAUAUACAAAGCUCAUCUUACUAGUGAUGCCCAUAUACUGACUCUCCAAAGGAAGGCUCAGGAGUUGUUUCAGAUGGAAUCUCGACCAAGCAGGUUUGAUGUUGACAGUUCUGGUAAACCGUUGAAAGCCUCGGUUCUGCCUCCAACCACAAUGAUUACAGGUAUAGCUUCCAACACGUUACCCAAGCCGUCGGUCGGCAUGCCGGGGGCGAGAAACCUGCUAGCUGGAAAUUCAGACAUCGAAAUGGACGCGCGACAAGACGCAGUGUCCAGAUAUAGGUCAAAGUCCGACUCUGAUGUCCAAGUAAUACCACCAAAGCCACUAGGUCCGUUAGAGACAAGGUCGGUGCAGUGCACGUGGCUGAUACUUCACUGGAGGACACGGCACGAGGAUGAGGAGGCGUUGAUAGAUAAAUAUGUCGUAGAAUAUAGAAAUGCACGAGAAAUACGCUGGGUUAGAGUCGGCACAACCACAAAACAUGAAUUUGAAGUGAAUGGUUUACAAGAGAAGACAGACUACCUGUUCCGAGUUUACACGACCAAUAAAGAUGAACGGAGUGAAUAUCUAGAGUCUGUUCUUGUCACAACGAAGAUAAGACGAGAUUCAUCAGAAAGGGAUCAUAGAAUAGCGAGAAGAGAUACAGGCAGAGACAGUGGAAGACGAUUAAGUCGGGAUCGGGUCCGUCGGUCCAGCAAAGAAAGAGAUAGAAAAACUAGCCGAGAUGUUGGUAGGAGUUCUGCAGGAAAUAGGAAAGGUAGUGGAGAUAGAAAACCUGGUAGGGAAUCGGACAGAAGCUCCGCUACAAACAGGAAAAGAAGUAAUGAUAGAAAGAGAGUCACAGAGAAAAGAUCUACGCGAGAUGGAGAUAGUAGAGACAGCCGACAUGGUAAAGUUAAAGACAGCAAGUCCAUGAAGAAAACAUCAAGUAUUAGCAGCAGUACUGACAGUCAACAAAAUAAAGCUUCAACGUCUGAUGUCAAGGAAGUAAAACAGACGGACGAAAAUGUUACUGUAGAGAAAAAGACCGAAGAAAUGGAUGUUGGCACCGAGCCAGAAGUGCCUGCGGAACCAGUUCAGGAGGAAGUGGAAUGCUUGCUAUAUAGAGAGUUACCGAACUACGUCAAUGAGCCUAUGCUAGGUCUUGAUAACAUUUAUGAAAUCCGAAGUUAUUUACCGAAAAUACCCCCGAGAUAUGUGUGUAAGCUGUGUAACAAUAAAGGAUCACACAAGAUUAUUGUAAAACAUAUAAUUGGAUUCCCACACAAACUCAACUAUUUUAAAAAGAACAACCCAGAAGUGUUUGACGUGAUUAAUGUGAUAGCGUUAAAGAAACAGCAGGUGGAGAGAGCAAACUACGAGGCCCGAUUGGAGGAGGAUAGGAUCGGUAGAGGUUCAGUGCGCGUCAUGCUCAUGUUGAAUCCGGAAGAUAAUAACGGCAAGAUCGUUUACUGUGAUCCUAUACUUGUAAAAGCACCAGCACCUGUGAGGACAAAGGAGACUGGUGAAGCACCUGAAGCGUACGAUGUCAGUUUUCAGUCUCAGUUUGAUGAUCUCUAUAAUGAAGCCAUCGAGACACAGAGUAUUACUGAUACAACAUUGAUAGGAUUGGACUAUGUUCGGGAAAUACUUCAUCCUAGAAUGGAAAAAGAGCCAAAAUACACGUGCAGUUUGUGCUCGGUAAUGUGCCAUAAUUCAACUAUUCUCCCACACAUACUGGGGAAAAAACACAGGACUAAUUACCUGAGAGUUUACCAUGAGGAAGUCUAUGAUUUGAUAGUAAGUACCCGAGACCAAAAACACCUGUUGACGAAGAAGAUAAAGGAAUUUGCUGAGAAAGAUGGCACAGGGACUAUAAAGACAAAAGUAGCGAGGAACGAACGCUUGUGGAGAGAUAAAGCAUCAAAAUCAGAAGAUGCCAAAACACAGGAAGAAAUGGAGACUCAAACCCAGGGAGAUGAAGGGGGUAAUACAGAUGACCCUCAAGCAGAGGCGUCCGAGAGUCAACAGGAGGAGGAGGAAAGUCAAGGGGGCAGCCGGGUUCAAGCCAUCAAGUUCGGUAUCAAGAAGACCGAAGCUCCACCCACAAAUGUCAAACCAAUCAAUGUACUUGACCAGGACUUGGCUACACCAAAACACAAAGAAGCAUUUGAUUGGACGAAAGAAAACAAUAUACUGCAGUCACGGAUACAGAAUGAAUCCAUAAUCAAAUGUAGUAGAAAGUCCAAGUUCCUUACAGUGUACUCGGAGUUCUUCAAACGCUACCCUGUCAUUGGUAUUCAGUGGGUAACAGAGUUUCAGAAACAGGACGUGAAGCAAGAGCCCUGGUACAUGUGCUCAAUGUGUCAACAGAAAUUACAGUGGAAAAAUAUCCUCGAUCAUGUGACCUCAAAUCUUCAUAGACUUAAUUAUAUGAAAAAAAGUGAUUAUCGUCAGAUGUAUAACGCAGUGUAUCACGCCAUCAAGAAGGAUAAACAGUCUGCUCGGCCCCUGAUCGAGCAAUAUUCUAAAGAGAUCUCGAGUAUCGAGGGCCCUCCGACGCAAUUAGAAGUUAUGCUUGAACUUAAGAUAAACACGGAGGCAUUCAAAUCUGUUGCUAAAGUACAAGAAAAUGUCAAAGCAUAUGGUACAGCAACAUCUACUACCCAACCAUCUGGUAUACAGAUAAACAUUGCAUCUACGUCAUUAUCCAGUAAAAAAGUUUCAGAACAACCUGCUGCAGUAACUGUUGAAGCUGCAAGAGAUUCAAAGCCUCCUGAAACUCAUCUAACCAACCAACCAGCUCAAACUCAUGUGACCAACCCACCGGCUCAAACAACUUUCCCCUCAAGCAUUGCUCCAGUUUUAAAUCCUGGAACACAAAUUCAACAAUCAUAUCUUGUACAGCCACCUCAGACAGUUCAAGCUCAAGUUCCCGCAUUAGUUCAGCAACAAGCUCCAGUGCUUGUUCAUCAACAGGUCCAGCCACCUCCUUUACAACCUCCUUUGCUAAGACCACCACCACUUCGUCCCCCUCCCUCAGCUUCCUUUCCUACCAUGCCAUAUCCUCAACAUAAUGUACAAGCAGGGCAAGUCCAGGGAGUUUCCAUUGCAACAUCGAUGCCUCCACAAUUGCAGUAUCAGAGUGCUUCAAAUGUUUCUGUUCCACCUCCUAGUGGGAAUUCUAUUCAGCAGUUUGCUCCACCGGUAGCUAAUAAUCCAGCUGUAACUGGAGGACAUCAAAUUCAGUCUAUGCCAGUUCCUUUCUACAAUUCUAAUUCAGUACCUCAGCGACAACCUCUUGUGCCAGGACCAAGACCUAGACCAUUGUUAUCUACCAAUCCGGUCCAAAGGCCACCACCAAUGCCUUACCCGCAAAUGAGUCAGAAUCCGCAUCUUAGACCAGACCUAGGAGCACCAUCAUCUUUACCUGUUUCCUCAAUCCAGCAACCCCUGAUGCCUCAUGGGCAGCCUCCAAGAAUGCCAGUUUACUCAAGCUCUCCAUCAACUCUUCCAAACACACCUAUUAUUUCAAGUUCGUCUUCAAUUGUGCUAUCUACCAACCAACAUUCUAACUUUGUUAAUCAGCCACCAAAUUCAGUUUGUCAAAGACCGCCACCUUGGCAGAAACAGAACCAAACAUUAACCGGACCUGUUCCUUCUUUAAUACCAUCGUCCUCUCAGUAUGGAUCUUCUUUUAACCCCAUGACAACCAACAAUGUAACUCAUUUAUCUACAAAUUCACAGAUAAUUACAGGGGCUAGAAACAAGGAGCAAUCUAAUAUUGUACAAACUGUAAACUCAAAUGCAUUUAAUAAUAAAAAGAUAGAUUUGGUGGAAGACAGGCAAAGGUUUGAUAAAAAUAAUUCAGUUCAUGACGUAAGAAAUGAUGAGGAAAAGAAUAGAUAUAACAAACAGUACAACAAAGAUUUUGAUGGUAGAGAUAAACAAAGAGAUAACCGAGAAUCAGACAGAGGAAUUAAAAGAUACGACAGAGAAUCUAGGUACAAUGAUAGUAACAAACGAUUAAGAAAUGAAGACAGGUUAACUGAUAUAAAAUCUGAGAAUGUAGCAAGUCCACGAAGGAGUCCGUCUUUUGGUAGGAUGAGUAAAGAUUCUGGUGAAAGAAAGUAUGUGGGUGAAGGAUUUGAUAGAAGAAAAGAUAGAGAUUUAGAUAGAGAUCAUGCAAGGGAUAGGAGAAGAUCCAGAAGCCCUUUCAGAUCUGACAGAAGAAGUCCUCCUCCUCAGAUUAGAGAGAGAGACAAUGCUAGUAAGUUUGGAAAUAGAACUGUUAGAUUUUCAAGAAGAUCUGAUCGCAGACCUAGUCCAGGUAGAGAAACGGAUGAUUCUCACAGAAGAGAAAGAGUACGAGAGAACCGUCCUGAUAACAGAAGAGAACCUACCUUUUAUGGUGAAGAGCAAAUUCCUUAUGAAGACUAUAAUGAACCUCUUGAUGAAGCUAAAGUAGAUGAUCUAGUGAGGAGGUAUAGUGGGCGUGUAGAUGAAGACUACGACAAUUUUAUUGGUAAGGAGACCGAAUGGGAUGAUAUGAUUGAUACUAGGUUUGCUGGAGAAAGACAAAAAGAUAGCUAUGAAUACAAAACUCACGAUGACAGAUACUUUGACGAACGGGAAACUUAUAAGAAUGAGUUUGAAAAUCGUGAUCGCUUUGAGAAUCGCAGGGGUUAUGAUGAUGAGUUGUAUAAAAGGAGUGAAAGAAACGAAAGAACUUACAAUGUUCAUUCAGACAGACUUGGUAUGGGUAGCAGUAAAGCUGAUGAAUUCAGAGACAAAACCAGUAGGUAUGGUUCGUAUUCUAGACGCGGUUCGGAUAUGAAGAGGAACAGCAGAGAGCGAGAGUAUCCUCCACAUGCAAAUGAGAGGAGGAGAGAUGAUAAAGAUGUUUAUCUUGCUGAUCGACAUAGAGACAGGGUCGAGGUACAGGAUAAUCGUUACUUUGGUGACACAAAGAGAAGAGAGGGAGAAGAAACCUCAAGACAUGUCAGGGAAUGGCAUGAAGACUUCAGAGGAGAUGACCGGAAUCAGGGGGAUUUUAGAAGGGAUAGGAAUGAAAGGCAGAGUUAUAACAUGGGGGAAAGACGUGUUGGUGAUGCUUUUGACAGUAGAGCAUCGGGCAGUAGAGAAGUUUCAGAUGAGAGGAGCAGGUACAGAGAUGAUUAUGAUGAGGGGAUGUAUGAGGAGCCAAAUGGUGACGAUGAUAUUGUUCCGGAUCCAUCCAGGGAAGAAAUUGAUGCAUUACUACGUAGGGCUAGUACAGCUGUGACACCUCCAGUGGAUGAAUUUAAUGAAUAUCGGAAUGAAAACCCUAUGGUUCAAACAAAUAGACAGGGAGGCGGUAUGAUGUAUUCCAGGGGAGGUAGAGGGCGUGGUGGAUACAGAGGAAGGGGCGGUCCUAGAUCUGGCAGAUAAAACAGUAUCUUUAUUUUCAGAUCACUAGACAGUUAAAAGACAUCAACAUAAAGUGCCAUCAAAGACAAAGCAAAAGAACAGCAAUGUACAUUUUUGCAUGAAGUAUUGUAAGCAAGGAAUGUACAGUGAUAUUGCAUUGUAUAGAUUGACAAUUGUUGGAGGAUUUUGUAUAAAUAUUUUGUUCACAUGGUGAACUUUUUACAGUAUUAUUGCAUUUAUGUGUGUGUAUGUGUGAUAAAUUCAAAGGGAGAUAAUUCAAAAUUUAGUGUUAUGGGAAUUGCUUUAUUUUUGUGUAUUCAACAAAAUUUAUGUGAUGUCAGUUUAUUUGUAUUAAACCUGCUUGCCUCCAGAUGAGCUAAAAUAUUUAACAAAUCAAACAGUUUACAUGUUUUGCACGAGUAAUGACUUAUUUUUCAGUAUUUUUUCACUAUAUUUAUGUAUGAGUAAUACGGUGAGGGCUAUUUUUGCAUAUUUUGACCUUGGUGGUUUUUUUUUUUUGGUAUGUAUUGUACUAAAAAGUGAAAUUUGAAAAUUGUCAGUGUGGAUUGAAAAACAACAAAAUGAAAUUAAACAUUAAUCAGAUGGUUAUUUACAAAAUCAGGGUUAUAAAGAGGACUGAUUCUAUUUUUUUAUAAUCAUUCGACUCUGGGUUGCUUUUCAUGGAAAGUCGUAAAUUAGUCUUAAAGCAGCAUGCCUCCAUAUUAUGCUUAUUUUCAUGAAAAUUUUGAAAAUUUAUUUAAAAAUGAAAUAUUGUGAAGUGAACAAAGAAAGUAGUUUAACACAUUGCAAACGGCACUUACAAUACACAUAAAUUACCAAAAAGAGGUCAAAUAAACAUAAAUACCUCUUACUGUGUAAGUAACGCAGUAAAAUAAUAGUGAUUGAUAUUACAAAAUCAGUCAUUAAUCGCGCAUAACAUGUAAAUGAUUUUUUUUAAAGAUCUUAAUACAUUUUUCUAAAGAUUGAUUUUGUUUAAAUAUUUUGGCUCAUCUGGAGGCGUGCAGCUUUUAGACCAAAACUAAGACAUUUAUAGCAAUUUUCUGAUGAACAUUAACAGAUUGUUAAAGUGUGUACAUUAAAGUGUGUGCCAUUGUAUCUCUUUUUCGUGAAAAUGAAAUUAAUUAAAGUCUUUGACUUAAAAAAAUGUAUUAAAACCGUUUUAAAUCAGUCUGAUUGUGGUCAUAAGUACUAGGACUUGGGACAAGCUAUGGAUUGCAGUCUGUAUGUGUUGGUACAAAAAUAUAAAUAUCUGGUACAAGUCAUUGACUAAAUAAUAUGUAUUGAACUGUUCUUGUGCUAGUCCUAUUGUUGGUCAUUAGUCCAAGGACUUUGGAUAUAUCUAAGACUCUCUAUGGAUUGCAGCCCAGGUAUAUGUUGACACAAACAUAUAAAUAUCUGGUACAGAAUCUGAGUCUGUGACUAAAUGAUAUGUAUUGAAUUGGUCUUGCGUUAGUCCUAUUGAUGGUUUUAGGAUACUCAUGAGUCCUAGGACUUGGGAUAUACUUAGGACUUGUUAUUUAUCGAAGUCAACAUAUUUGUUGGCACUAAGAUAAAUAUAUCUUUGGUGUAAGCCAUGUCUUUUGUAUUGAGCGAAUUAAUUUUUUUUAACAUGGCCAUCUCGAAUAAUAGUGCAGGCACUUUGAACACUUUUUUAUAUAGAUCACCGCCCUUAAUGACUGAUUUAUAAUUUUUAUAAAUUUUGAUGGAUUGAUCAGAGGGUUUUAUGUAUCCGCUGAUUACGGUUGUACAUUGUAUUUUUGUAUUUGUUGUUGUACUUCUCAUUGUUUUUGUAUAUGUUCAUGAAUGGGAUUGUGCUAAAUAUUGCUGAAAAUAAAAUGUGGACAUGAUGUA